AUGUCCCAGCAACGUGAGACGUUCGCGACCGACUCCCCUCCUCGCACUCCUCCGUCCCAAACCGCGAAAUAUCGGCCCAAGCGUGGCUAUAAUACUCGACCCUCCAUCCGCGAUGCGUUCCCAGACACUGCAGCUGCCCUGGAGAAUGCCCCAAGGGCGAGCGAGUCCGGCGACGAGCGGGAUCCGCAUGAUCUGUCUCUAUCCCCGAAGCAUGCGGCCCGCACCUCGAUUGUAGACAACAUGCUCCUAUCCCUCGACCAGUUCGCCGCUCCGGGAUCAUCUGUUCUCGACGACUACCGACUAUUCAACUCGGCUUUCGAGUCUGAUCUCCAUGGCCGGUACCGUGGCCAUACUUUCUCGUCUUCGAUGUCCUCCGAGGCAGACUUCGGUUAUGAUGAUGGUAGCGGCCGCUACGCAACGAUCACUGCCAAGGGCCGUCGGAGCAAUAGCAGCUCGAAUUACCAAACAGCGCCGAGGAGGAUGAGCAGUGCUCGUGGUCGGGAUGGGAUGAGCUCGCGAGGUGGCGCAGGAACGAUGCCCAGGUCAAAUGACAUGCGAAAAGGGAGCAAAGGAAGCGGAUCCAAUAUCGAAUAUGCCUACACUUUGCCCCGAGGACGAGCAGACUCGGAAGGUCGGCGCUCAGAGAGUUUUGACUGCGGACCAAAGAAAGCUUUUGUCCCGUAUGCCGACCCUGGAAUUUGUCAGGACUCACUGUUGUACGAUGACGACGCAGCUCCAACCCCGAGCGUGCCAGCUGGACCGCGCAAGUACCUCGACUACAAAACCCCAACUAACGCAGCCUCACGGACACCGGUGACAUCGCGCCGAAAUAGCGUGAAAUCUGCUCAUGCCCCGCAGGUGCGAAAAUCUCGCCCUGAAAAUCUGGGGACCGGGGUCCUCAAGGUACGUGACAAUGACUUUAUACCGGAUGACACCGAGCUCGACCUCCCCCCGGCCAUUCCGGCCUCGCUAGACCCGCCUGCUCCGAGCCCGACGAUAUCAUACAACAAGCCGGCCUUUCCUCCCCCGGAACCGACGGCGACUAGCACGACCACAAUAACAACAAAUACAAACGCCUCAGCCAUUAAAGAGCGCCCAGGAUUCUUCCGGCGCGUCUUCGGCUCAUCGAAUAAAGCUUCUGCUCCUGUGGACCCUGGAUCUUCCAAUAGCAAUGACCUCGCAUAUCUCCAAGAAAAUGAAACGAAGGACUCGACUGGGGCAACGGUCAAUCUGAAGGCACGAGAGCCGCCACAAUCCCAGCACCAGCAACAAGCCAAAAGCGCGAUGGCUCCUCCCCCUGCUCCUACCCGUAAAGGCCCACCGCAGCUGGUGAAACAGAAGUCUUCGUUCUUCCGGCGCCGUAAGAAGUCCGUGACCGACCAUAUUCCACCGCCAAUCGUGUUGCCGCAAGAUCUGGCGCCCCAUGCUUUGGAUACGAUGAAGCCAGAGCCCAGCCCAGUCAGCAGCUUACGACAGGUGAUGAACCCAUAUCUCGCAGAUGGUAUGCCAGCACAUCCGGACUAUAAAGAAAACCGACAAGGGGACGAUAACUUACGCCGUGGGUCAGCCUCGUUACAAGCACAAAAGCCAAGAGAAAGUGUCUCGGCUCCUGGCGCAGGCUCUAAGACCAAAGGACCUCUCCAACCUCCCUCUUCUGCCCGCAGCCAGGAUCCUCAUUCGCAGAAAGCAGAUAACCGGGGCACCAAUGAUCAGACCUUUAGAGCGUCUGAUGUGGAUUCCAUCUCGUCUGCCGAUUCCCCCUUGCAGGAGAAGAGUUCGAAUGCCAUACCCACUGGACUGUCAUCAGUCCCAGAGGAUUUCUCUCGCACCAUCAGGGUAUCAACGAAUUUAUCACCCAAUGACGCCUCACAAGUUAGUCUGACUGGGUCCCGCAAGUUGGCACUUCCAUCUGACAGCAAUGUUCCUGAAUCACCUGCUGUUUCAGAAGCCUCUCAUUACCAAACAGCCUCUACUACUCCAGUCAUUGAGUCAGAAGAACCCAAAGCCGACGAGGACAGCGAGGUUAAGAUGGAUGGACCAGGCGAGGCCAUUGAGGAUGGUCCGACCGCAAGUGACCGAGAGCAAGCGCAGAAACUCUUUGAUAGCCAAGACCAGGUUGUUGGAAACGAGCCAGCGGCUGCUUGGCUUGGUGAGCCUGAUCGAGCUUUGGUGAGGGAGGCUUACAUGCAGCUUUUCAAUUGGUCUAAUUUGAAUAUCCUUGCUGCUCUCCGAAGCCUUUGCCAACGCUUGGUUCUCAAGGGAGAGACCCAGCAGGUCGAUCGAGUUCUGGAUGCUUUUUCGAACAGGUGGUGUGAUUGUAAUCCAAGCCAUGGCUUUAAAGCGACUGACGUUGUCCACACUAUCUGCUACUCCAUUCUUCUUUUGAAUACCGAUUUGCACUUGGCAGAUAUCGAGCAGAAGAUGACUAAAUCUCAAUUUGUCCGAAAUACGAUGCCCACAAUCCAUAGAGUCGCUAUGGAUGCGGCCCCCGAAGGGUUUGAAACAUUGCGGCCUACAAAAGUGAAGACUACACCCAUCGCAGCCGAAUCGGCACAUUCUGCACCAUCCUCAGCUCGUUCCCCAACAUUUCCCCCUGGUGCUGGGCGCAACUCGUUCGACCAAGAGACUUCUGGCCGCAAUACUGCUGAUGGCGAUGCGGGUCCGUUGGUCUGUACGCCUUUCACUGGCACUGUCAGGGCAUGGGAACAGCAAGUGGAAACCGUUCUCAAAGACUUCUACGCCUCAAUCCAGAAAGAGCGACUUCCUCUUCACGGUGCUCAGCCUGAAAGAGAAGUAUCCCGCAUGGCCUCGAGUAGUUUCUUGGGUCCUGCCACCGCACUGCGUCGCAGCCCCAGCACUAUCAGCAAGAGCGGAUCGGACAUCUAUCCGCGUGGUCGCUCUGCGGACUCUCGACAUGGAGCCGCGAGAUGGUCUUCUAAGCCUCGUUCUCGAGGAGCCAGGCUCUAUCCUGCCUCUGUCAUGGGUUCGAGUCGCACUAGUCUGGAUGACCAGUCUUCUGUUUGGAGCCCUGCUGCCUCUAGCACAUGGAGCAAAUAUUCUUUAGGCAAAUUCACAUCUGCAUCUGUGGACUCGUUUGGCUCUGAGUUUCCUCGCGGAGAAUACCAGCAGUCCAUUGGGUUUGCCAAUGCGCUCAGUCAAGCAAUCAUCCGCGAAGACUCUGCCACAUCGAUCUACAGUUUCGAGGAGCCCGAGCGAACAACUCCUCUUCUUGAAGAUGAGACACUGGCUUUGGCCGGUGCACCAUGGGCUAAGGAAGGAAGCGUCAAGCACAAGCACCACUUAGAUGCCGUUGACAAGCGCGCCAAGGACCGCAACUGGAAUGAAUGUUUUGCGGUCAUUCAGCAGGGCUGGAUGCGAUUAUUCUCAUUCAAUAAUGCAUCUAAAUCUGUGCGCCAGAAAGCGAAACAACGGGGUGGUGUUGUGGUUGGAGGUGGUAACUGGACUGAGAAUGCGGAGGAGAUCUGGAAGUUUAUGCUUCGUCAGACUAUCGCCAGUGCUCUUCCGCCCCCGGAUAUUCCAAAUCUCGACCCCAUCUUGCCAACUGGUGCUGUCCACUUAUUUCAGGCUGGUACUCCCGAGAUUGUUCGAGAGUUCGUAUCCACAGCUAAUUACUGGAGUGCUCGACUGUCCAAGGAGCCCCUGGUCGGAGGUAUCAGCAACAUCGAGUAUGGAUGGAGUGAUGCUGUCAUUAACAGCGCUCUGAUAAACUCUGAGAACCGGUCGCCACCACCUUCCUCCGGUGCGCCUCGGCCCAGUAUCCAAAGCUCAAUUCGCAGUUCGAUCGACCAGGGGACUGUGCGGCCGAAACUCCCUGCAGACCGAGUGCACAUCAGCGAUUGGAGUCCUCCGCAACAGAGUAUGGUAGCGUCUCACCUUUGUGAGGAGGACCAGCUGAAGGCCCUGCAGAUAUACGUGAAGAACGUUGAGGAUGACCACCAGCGGCAUAACGACCUACGCCCGGCCAUGAACCUAGCCUUCUCGCCGCGACACCCCAACUCGGCAAAGGCAAUGGCCAACUGGGAGCGCAAGUCAUCCUAUCUCUUACGUGAGAUUGUCAAAUUUCGAACCUAUAUUGACUCUCUUCGCAAUGCAAUCAAUCAAAAGGGCAAGAUCCUUGCGGUUUCGCCUUCCGCCGACACUUCGUCCACAGAUAAUGAUGUGACUGCCGGGCCAUCCACCGUGAGCCCAACUUCAGCUUGA